CUCAGCUCUACCCUCAAACAAGUCCCCAUCUAAAGCAACAUCAUGGGCGACUCGAGCGAGGAAGACCACCUGCCCCACUUCGAUAUCUUUACGUACGGCGAGCUCGAUUCGGUCUCCUCUCGCGCAGUCAUCGCCGUCUACUUUGCCGCGCGUCACUAUGGCGACCACGACAUCUCUGAGCUCGUACCUACGGACAUUGGUCCCGUUACUACCGCUGCGGCAGGUUACUGGGCAAUUGCACGCGCCCUAACGCGAGCCCCUGCUGCCGCCAACAUUGUCAUCUAUUCCCAGAUCGAGGCUUGCGUCCAGAAUCUCCUCCUUUGCAUCAAGACGUGCAGCACCUAUCACGACCACUCGCAGAGAAAGCUUGUUGAGCGCAUCUUGAACAAUCUUCGGGCGCGCAAGAAGGCGGGAGGUAGUGUCAAAUUCAAGUUCGUCGAUACAGACUUGACUCCCAGCCAUUCGAACACGAAGCUUGCUAGGCGUCUUGCUUGCCUAGACAUUGCUCGUCAACUGGCUCGGAUCACUCUACGCGAUGCCAUCGAGAAGUCCGAUAAGGCUCAAGAAGAGAACGCCAGCGAUAACCAAGGCGAAGAGGACAAUGAGGACGGAGCCAUUGACCUCUUGAGCUGCGCAAGCACCUCUACCUACACGUGAAGCUGGGCGCCAUCCCAACCAUCAAGCCUCCUCAGCACGACUCGGCGAGCUCCUCACAGCGGUGUGGCUUUCAACCUCGUCUCGUGCUUGCGGCAACUGUACGCGAGCAGGCCCACUCGUGCGUCAACCCCUGUUCUCCAUUCUGCUCUUUUCUCCUCCAGGUCCAUGUCCAAUACAAUCACU